GCCGAUUGCAAAUGCAGAAAAUUAAUGGCAUUGUUUUUUUUAUAUUAAAAAUGCGCAUAAACUAAACAGCGACCAAGUACGACUCGGCUUACCGAUAAUCGUGUUAUUUAAUAAUUGAAAAUACAAAUGAGUGCGUGUGUUCGGCCGAGGAACUCCGAUUCGGACUCGAGCUUUGAUGACCGCAAAGAUCCAUGCCCAGUGGCACCAGUUUUUUUCCAGCCCACAUUUAUAGAUUUUCAUGCAAUGGCAUACAUCACAAUCCUGUUAAAAGCAAAGUCAAAGUGAUAUGUGGUGGUUAUUCAAAGCAGCAUUGUAAAUAAAAGAUAGGGCGGAUAUUAUUUAGAUGGUGUUUGCACAAAACAUUCGAGCCUGACAAAACGAAAAACAGCCACAGUGCUGGAGUGUAUAAAAUACCUUCGACGAAUAUUGACACUAUAAGCAGCAGCGGAAAGACACCCGUCCCCGUGGUGGUGUGUCUACGGCAGUUUUGAGAGCUUAGGCGAAGGACGCAAAGAUGCAUGCAUCGUCUGCAGCUGCAACAGCACUGGUGGAGUACUCGGAUGUCAGCUCAGAGGACUUCUCCGAUCCCGAAGCAGGAGAGAUUGACUCUGACGCAGUGCUGACAAGCAGAUGUGACUCAACAAAUGCAAAGAAACCAAAGCCACCUUCGGAUAAUCAGUUCGUAAAGAGUAGUCGGGCUACAUCGAAACCUGACAAGGAAGGCUAUGAUAAUUAUAGAAAAAGGCGGACUGAAGAAACUGACGAUCUUGAAGUAUCUGGAUCGAGACCAACUGGCGGGAGCGACACCUUGAAUAAUCGCGAGGAGGCGCAAGCUUCUAAUAUAUCAAAGGACGAACUUUGGAGUAGGGAGAUCUACAUGUCUAGCGAUUCGAUUGACACAGAUGAGCUGGAGGCGGAGAUGAAGCGACAAAAACGCAAAAAGCUAAAGAAGGACAAACAUAAACACAAAUCAAAGAAGAAGUCGAAGAAGCGUAAGAAAAAGAGGACCAAAUCGUAUUCCAGCAUUGAGUCAAUGUCGGAUGACAUAAAUGCCCUACUGGAUCGACGCUACACACCGCCAAAUGUUCCGAAUAAGAACAACGAGCGGACAGUAAGCACCGGAACUUCCUACACACCUCACACGCAUAAGGAAAGCAGCCCCAUUUCCCCGGGCACUCCGCCUCCCACACGGCGUUCAAACAGUAAUAACGCCUAUUAUGGCGAGUCCAUUGGCGAUGCUCCCAACACAUCGCUGGGCACCAAUCUCCAGGUCACAGUUACCAACAAGACGAGCAAUCGCCUGCGCUCUCCAGCACGCAUUGGAGGCAAUGGACCCCGCUAUGGCAACUCUCCUCGAACUCCGCCUCAAGUACUCUACACCACCUCGGGUGGUAGCAGUGGUGGAGUGGGAAUUCAUGCACGUGAUUCACGCAGUUCCCGAUAUGUACAGAGUCCACUCAAAGACGAUCUAAAUGCGCACCAUCGGUCUGGCCACGAUCAUGGAUAUCAACCACGAUAUUCGGGCUCCGGACCAGGUGGCAGUCUCGAUGCGAGAAAAGUUAAACGUUUGUCACCGGAGAUGGACCGCUAUAACCAUCAGCCGAGUACACCGCCCCACAAGCGACGAAAAUUCAGCGACGGCAGGGAUAUGAGUGUGGCAAGCUUCGAGCAUAGCAGACACCAUUCGGUCAAAUAUGAUCGCUAUAGCAGAGAGCGGUAUUCACGGCGUGCAUCCAGGAGUCCUAGUGUACAGCAUUCGCGGGGUCGGCAAUCGCCUGUUGGCGGCAUGACAUCCAGUGGAAGCAUUUCAAAUAUGUUUAGGCAUGGUAAUAGUCACAAACACAAGUACACGACACCAAACUCACCCACUUCCGUGCCGACGCGGUCCUCGAAACGUGCCUCGGGUGCUGGCACCUCCACAGAUCGAUAUUCGCGAUCCCCGAGGGCAAGUUCGCGCUACUUUGAGACUUCGCCGCCUUCUUCAGCUGGUGCUUCGAGCUCCCAUUACCAUCAUCAUCGUCGCUCGCCGAAGACGCGUCUCAGAAGAACCAGCAGUCGCAAACGCUCGCCCAGCACGGCCAGUAGUGGCAGCUCAGCUUCACGUAGUCGAUCGCCAGCCUCACGAGAUUUGAAGCACAAGCGCGAGGAAUACAUUAAAAAGAUUAGUGAAACGAGUCUGUUUGCAGAGCUGGUCAAGGAUCGACACAAAAGACAAAAGGCCCUGAAGGAGAUUAUCGAGCGUCAAGAGGAAAAUAGUAAUAGCAACAGCAACGGCGCCUUGACAAUAAACGAUAACAGUUCCUCGAUAGAUGGCAAUACGCCUAAUGUAGCCGAUUGCAGAUCUACUGGAGCCACCGGAGGUGUAGGUGCAACGCCAGCACCUACAACCUUGGGCGGCGGCAGCAUGACUUCAAAUGGACUGGAAAUUCCUAGUAGCUGUGGCGGUGGUGGCAGCAAACCGGAUUUGGAUGUCAACAACAUUCCCAUGCCAAACAAAGAGCACGAUUUCCUUGUGCUAAAUCCUGGCCCCAGCUCCGAUGUCCCAGAUAGCUCAUUAACUGCACUAAAGACAACCACAUUGUCGGCAGCAAUCUCAGCGAAUAGGAAUAACCACAAACCGAAGAGUCUGACAUCGUUGCCCAUGCCACCCGGCAUGAAUGCGUUGGACCUUGUGAAUGCACCAAGUCCAUCGCCUCCGCAUUCGACUCUCAAAAAGGAGUACGAUGAGAAAACAAUUUCCAAUUCCAGCGCCAAUAAAAGUCUCCUGAACCUACCAAUGCCACCGGUAAUACCAGGCAGCGAGGAGCUCAGUGGCGACGAUGAUGUGAUCGAUAGUCCCGAAGACUUUGAUGCAACUGGCAGUGGCAAUAUGCAUGGCCAUGGCAGUGGACAAGGCGCAUCGCGUCGUCGCCCAGUGAUACUAAAUCGUCGGGAUUCCCGUAAUAAUGUGCGUGACUGGGGCGAGCGUUGUGUGGACGUAUUCGAAAUGAUUGCACAAAUCGGUGAAGGCACAUAUGGACAGGUGUAUAAAGCUCGGGAUCAUCACACAAACGAUAUGGUGGCACUUAAAAAAGUGCGUCUAGAACACGAAAAGGAAGGCUUUCCCAUAACGGCUGUGCGUGAAAUCAAAAUUCUUAGGCAACUCAACCAUCGCAACAUUGUCAACUUGCAUGAAAUUGUCACAGACAAGCAGGACGCCGUCGAGUUUCGUAAGGACAAGGGCUCAUUUUAUCUCGUAUUUGAGUAUAUGGACCACGAUCUCAUGGGCCUGCUCGAGUCUGGCAUGGUCGAUUUUAAUGAGGAGAACAAUGCGAGCAUAAUGAAGCAACUACUGGACGGCCUCAAUUACUGCCAUAAAAAGAACUUUCUGCAUCGGGAUAUCAAGUGUUCGAAUAUAUUAAUGAACAACAGAGGAAAAGUAAAACUGGCUGAUUUUGGAUUGGCCCGUCUGUAUAAUGCCGACGAUAGGGAGCGUCCCUACACGAACAAAGUGAUAACACUGUGGUAUCGGCCGCCAGAGCUAUUGCUGGGCGAGGAGCGGUAUGGUCCUUCCAUAGAUGUGUGGUCGUGCGGCUGCAUACUCGGCGAGCUGUUCCUGAAGCGGCCACUAUUUCAGGCCAAUGCGGAGAUGGCUCAAUUGGAGACCAUAUCAAAGAUCUGCGGCUCGCCCAUUCCCGCUGUGUGGCCGAACGUAAUUAAGCUACCACUGUUUCAUACUCUUAAGCAAAAGAAAACGCAUCGCCGUCGUUUGCGUGAAGAUUUUGAGUUUAUGCCAGCUGCAUCACUCGAUCUGCUUGACAAAAUGUUAGACUUGGAUCCGGACAAGCGCAUAACAGCAGAAGAUGCGCUCAAGUCACCGUGGCUAAAGAAAAUCAAUCCAGAUGAAAUGCCAACACCACAAUUGCCUACAUGGCAAGACUGCCAUGAGCUUUGGAGCAAGAAGCGACGUCGUCAGCUGCGGGAACAACAAGAUUCGCUGCCACCAUCGGUGAUAUCCUCGACCAAAUACAACCCACACGGAGCAGCAAUGGUGGGAGAUGCUUAGCAUUUAAUGUAUGCUUCAAUUCAAUUCCAUUUGAGGGACAGUUGUGGGCAGAGCGAACCGGAGUGUGCCUCCUGGUGGCAUUAGUCGUAUCCAGCAGCUUAUUUAGCUGCUUUAGAAACAAAAGGGAUUGCUGUUUUUUUGGAUAGAGACAAGGCCAGAAUAGGUUGACAUUGACUUUCCCUAGGCACUGUGUAAUUUUAGACAGCUUCAAUAAAAACAUGGCUAACAAUUAUUUAACUUUA